AUGCAUAUGUCAGCUAUCGUUGUCUCGGCCCUGGCCGCUGUUGCUCAGGCCGUCGACGUCCAGGUCGUCUCCGUCGCCUCGACCAACAACACCCUCAAGUUCUUCCCCGACAAGAUCAACGCCCCCGUCGGCUCCAUGGUCCAGUUCCAGUUCCGCGGUGGCAACCACUCUGUCGUCCAGUCCACCUUCGACAACCCGUGCAUCCCCAUCCAGAACGUCAACACCUCUGCCAAGGGCGUCUACUCCGGAUACCAGCCCGUCGCCGCCUCCACCGCCAAGGGCCAGAUUCCCGUCUUCACCGUCGAGGUCAAGAGCGCCACCCCCAUGUGGCUGUACUGCUCCCAGGGCAAGCAUUGCCAGAACGGCAUGGUUAUGGUCAUUAACGAGAACACCAAUGCGAACGCCACCCGCUCCCUGGCAAACUACGCCAAGGCCGCAAAGAACGUCGCCCAGGCCCUGAUCCCCGGCCAGACUGGCGGUGGCUCCGGCUCCGGCUCCGGCAACGGCGGCGGCAGCGCCUCCCCCACCACUGGCGGCGGCAGCGGCUCCGGCUCCGGUUCUGGAUCCGGCAACGGCGGUGGUGCUUCCGCCACCCCAUCCUCCCCUCCCACCGCCGGCGCCGUCUCCCUCAGCGCGCCCGGCACCCUCCUCCUCGCCCUCGGCGCCACCUUCAUGCUCAUGUAA